AUGCUGCGCGCUGUCCUGGCUGUGCUGAGCCUCCCACUUCUUGCCUCGGCACAAGCACCAUUCCUGCCUACCUUCCAGUCGACCCUGAGCAACUUGGGAUUCGGCCGCUUCGCCGAUGCGAUCAAGAACCUCAGCACGACCUCUACUGGAUCUGAGUUACUGGCCAGCCUGGGUUCCAGCCUGCCCUAUACUGUCUAUGUGCCGGUGAACGAGGCGUGGGAUUCAAUUGGGAAUGUAGAUCUAGCCAAGGUGCUCGCAUAUCACAUCUCGCCAAGUUCCAUCAAUACAACCGAUAUCGCCCCGCCGCGGAGACACACUAUCGCCUACACCGAGCUCCGACAGGACCAAGCUCUCCCCGGUAGACAACCCCAAGUACUUGUGCUCGAGACAUCGCCAGUGAACGAUACUCGUGUCCUGAUCCGGGGUGCGGACUGGAAUACCACCAGUCGCGGGAAUGGGACAGCAUACGGGAAUAUCUGGCUACAACCCAUCGACCGAGUUCUCAGCCCUCCUCUUCCCCUGUUGGACGUCCUACGUCACCCACUCGACUCAUCCGCCGUCAACGGAACGACCGCCGCUCUCGCCCUGAUCAACAAUGUCGGUCUGCAAGACACCUUCACCGGGUGCAAGGGAUGUACAUUCUUCAUUCCCAACGAUGCUGCAUUAGCAGGCAUCAACUUCGACGCGUUGGUCUCCAGUCAGAGGGCUAAUGUUCUGCUCGGACAUGUCAUCAACGGGGAUGUCCGCUACUCGACCGAGCUCGAUGCUGGAGAUACCUGGAUCAGCGCAGCGGGCCAGACUGUGGCGUACGGUGUCAAUGCGACUGGAGCGUUUAUCACCAGCGGCGGAGCGAUCGCAAGGAUUGUAAGAAGUGAUAUUCUUUGCACGAACGGGGUAGUCCAUCUCGUGAAUCGCGUUAUCGGCGGACCUAUUGGGAACCCAGAUCGAGCUGCCUCUGCCUUGACAGCCGCAUCCGUGCUAGCAGCCACCCAGACCACCGCCGACGGCAUCAUCGGCCGCAUCCCCACCUCGAUCCCCAUCUCUCCGACUUCCAGCACACCUCCCGGAUCGAGCCAAAGCAGGGCCUCGGCUCGACGGCGAAUCUCAUCCGGCUUCUGGAUGAGGUGGCUACAUAUCGCAUGA